UACCUGUCAAUCUUACACACCCCUCUCUCACCUGAGUGAAUGGAAUCUCCCACUAAAAAUAUGCCGUAAAUAGAGUGUUACAGUUACCUCAAUGUGAAAAUGAACCGAGUGAAGUGUUUAUUGUUAUUUUCUCUCAUUCUAAAUGUGGUUGGACUAAUAUUUUUUGUGAUUGGAUUCUCAACACAUUUUUGGUUGGAAUCUGACGAAAAUUACCGAACCUCUUCCGGAUUUGAAAGUCUGGGCUUAUGGGAAGCCUGUUUUAAAGACUUUUCCCACAAGACAAGUUAUAAUGGGAAGCUGUAUAACGGGUGCUGGUGGAUGUUCUCCUACGAAUACGAACCAAUCCGAGACUGGCUUAAUCCACCGUGGCUGAUAGCCAUCCAGAUUAUGAUGACGAUUUCGCUGAUACUUCAGCUGGUGGCGGGAAUUAUUGGGGUGUUGGUGUUCCUGGGGGUGUGUCCAGGGGUCGCCAACUUUCUGGCAUUGCUGUCUAUAGCAGUCAUGAUUCUUGUGGGAGGUAUGAUUUCCGCAGUUUGUCUAAUUUUGUUUGGAGUCAAGUCCGACCAAUCGGAACUGGAAGCAAAGUGGAUAUAUUUUCCAGACAAAAACUUUUUAUCGUGGUCGUUCGCCCUGAUGGCGGUUUCUGCCUUUCUAUCCUUGUUUGGGUCCAUGUGUGGUUUUGUGGCAGCCAUGACGGCGAGGCUAGAGGACAAGUACGGGGAGCGACCCAACUUUGAUGGCCACAUGCUUCGCUCGCAACCAACUGCGUAUUAAACCAACAAAACGAACGCAACUUUUUACCGGUUUUUUGGAAAUUAUUCUUUAUUGAAAUGUAUUUUCUGUGUCAGAGGACAGUUUUUAUAAGGUUCAUUAGAUAUAGACACGCCCAUUUAAUAUACCCCCCCCCCCCGAUCAAAUAAUGGAGGAGUAUGUUGUUUUGGGGCUCUUUCUAUCUGCAACUUUGACGAUAAAAUUUGGAACUAAAAGGGAUGGGCGCUUCAUAUUUGCAUCAUAGAGGUGAUGAAAAGCUUGGCUUGGAUUGCCUUUGGGGUUACGUGAUCAGAGGGCGUUGUUCCUAGAUUCACGUACUACCACACAAACAUGUUUAUGUUUUUCAGCAAUAAGUUAAAAAGGUUUAACUUGAAUGUACAUAUUUACACCAUGAGUUGUCUAUGAUUUCCUCUAGGAUCAAAGGACAUAACCUCUGCAAGGACAGAUUUUUUUCUCUCAGUGUAAUGACCCUUGCUCUUGUACAAACUAGAUUUUAAUAAUGUUCACAUUAGAAUUUGGCAGCAAUAGGGGCAUUUUAGUUUUUAAAAGCUCGCACAAUAUAUGCUGUUUUCAAGUGAUUAGGGACCGGUUCACACCGUCUGUAUUAAGUAUUCUGUAUCAUCCUGCUCAGUACUAACAUGGAUAACUCUUGUUGUUUUGGGGUGUUUUUUUUUUUUUUGUUUUUUUUUUUUACUUGCUUCACUGUGAAAAAAAUAAGCAACUUUAAAAAGCUGUAAUUCUCUAUUAGAAAAUUCGUCCCAUGUGAAUAAUUUAAGUCAAAAUUUACAUUAAGUUUUCAUUUUCUGAUCCAUUAUUUUCCGAGAGGGAAGGAUCCACAUCGGCUUUCCCCCCGGAGAGUCCACCUAAUCUAGAGGUCUUGUAUUUAGUAUUAAACAACUGAAACUGCAUACAAAUAGGCAAAAUGUGUAUCUUUGACCAAAUUGAUGGGGACGGGGUCUCUGAUUCUGCUGUUUUAAGAGAACAGGUCCAACUUAAACCCACUUCACACCAAAAGUGGUUUAACUUCAACCACUUUUGAAAUGGAUCGUUUCAUAGCUGAGUUAUACCGGAUUGACCUAUUGUGAACCUGUUCUAAAUUUCAGCACUGGCAUUACAUGAUGAUUCGUUGCUGGUAAUAUUCGUUUUACAUGAAAAGGUCAAUUAGACAGGGCUGUCCAGAAUCGCACAGAACGUGUCUUUACAAGUAUAAUACUAACACAAAUCGCAAGAACCGAUUUCAUUUUUAAUCGAAUCAUUUGUUGUGUCCAUCCACAAACCCUUGCAGUUAAGUUCUGAGUAAGAUAUAUUUUUACCUGAACACAUACAUUUUAUUCAUAAAGCGCAUAAUCUAUAUCGUCACAGUGUCGUCAUCGUUAUUUCUUUUAUAUCAAAUAUUGUACUAUAUUUUAAAUUUUUUUAAUAAAAGAUUUGCCCAACAAUA